CUUUAGUUCAAUAUUGCAGUGAUAUUAAACUAUAACAAAAAUUAAACAUUAGUCUUGUGGGAAAAGAAAGGAAUAGAUUUUCAAACAGAAAUUAUGUUUAAAGUAUCAUUUUUUAUUAUGCUCCUCGCGGGAAACUUGCUUAACGCCUUGGCAUUGGAUAUUUGUGAGGAUCAAGUGGAUGGUACACGUUUAGCUCAUCCGGCGGAUUGUUCUCGUUUUAUACAGUGUCAUAAUGGUGAAACGGUGGCUAUUAGAUAUUGUCCAUUCGGUUUACAUUUCAAUCGUUAUGAAUCGAUUUGUGAUUUUAAAUUUCGUGCUGGUUGCGAUUUCAGUUAUGCUCUGCAGUUAGUAGGUUAUGAUAAUGGCAAUAAAGUGGAUUGUGAGGCAUGUCAAGCUAAAUGCGGUGGUGGUUCUCCUGGUACGGGUGUUGGUCCAAUAAGGCCAGGACCAGGUCGUCCACAGGGCAAACCCUCUACGCCUUGUAUGACAGCACCAACGCCUAAGCCAAAACCAUGUUCUGAAGAACCGCCAACUCCAUCGCCACCUACCGCAUCUCCGCCUACAGCACCAACCCCUUGUUCUGAAGAACCACCAACUCCAUCUCCUCCUACUGCUUCCCCACCCACACAAUCACCUCCUACAGCACCGACACCUUGUCCCGAAGAACCACCAACUCCAUCGCCACCUACUGCAUCUCCGCCUACAGCACCAACACCAUGUUCCGAAGAACCACCUACUCCAUCUAAACCUACUGCAUCCCCACCCACACAAUCACCCCCUACAGCACCAACACCAUGUCCCGAAGAAAAGCCAACUCCAUCUCCACCUACAGCAUCAACACCUACUGCAUCUCCACCCACAGCACCAACACCCUGUUCCACCACCACCUCAACACCACACAAACCCACUCCAUGUCCUAACAAACCAACAUUACCUCCACCAACACCCUGUCCACCAUCGGGUGGUGAAGGCGGCAGUGAUAAUCCACAACCUCAGCCACCAAUUACCGGUCCCUCGGGUAUAAGUUGUGCCAAUUCUGGCAAAUGUCAAGGUCAAAGAGAUGGUGCAAUAUUUGCAGAUAAUUCCAGCAGUGGUUUUAUUGUCUGCCAAUGCCAGUGUGAAAUUAAAAUGCCUUGCCCAGCUGGUUUGACAUUUAAUGAACGCCUACAAGUCUGUGAUUGGCCACAAUCUUAAAGAUUGAUUGAAUAUCGAGGAUUUGAGAAAAAUAUUAUGCCCAAAAAUAAAACUUAAGUAAAUUGCAUGCAAAAUAAAGUUUUUAAAUUUUAUUUCA